ACCCGCCGCCUCGGAAACGCAUUGGCUCAGACGGUCGACGCUUCGGCCACAUCGACAAAGAGGCGAAGGCGACGCAGCUUGUUCGACCAUUCUAGAGACUCUGCCCACGUCCUAGAUCUUGACGCACGCGCACACGCGGCCUCCUUCUCUUAGGCUGAGGUCGUAGCAGCAAAGGGUCCGAGCACCUCCAGAUUCAAACGGAAGACCACGGCCGACGACUUUGGAGAGGCGCAGCACGUUCCUCCCCCCUCACUCAUGUCGAGCAGCCUGCAACAUCCUUCCCACAACCCUUACGACGACAAUAGAGGCAGCAGUAGCACCAGUGGUGCUGUCGGGGGCGUUGGCAUUGGAAGGAGCAGCAGGAGCAGCAGCAGCAGUAGCAGUGGCGGCGGCUUCCACUCUCCGACUUCAUCAAGACCACCCUUUCAGCCUGCGCCACCCGCUCCUCUACAACAACAGCAAAAGGCGGGAGCAUCACAGCAGCAGGCCUCGCCGAUCGACUACUCGUCCAACAGCUCCACCUAUUCCUCCUCGUCGGGCUCGUCUCGACCUCAGCUCUCGAGCGGAAACACGUCGCCGCCGGACCAUCAGCAACCGGCCAUCCACGCCGCGCCGCUCCUCCAACACUUUUCUUCCCCUGGCCGCGCUUCCGAAAAGGCGCGCGGGGCAGGGCCAAGCGAUAUGAUCUACGACCAUCAGUCCGGGCUGCACCCUUCCUCUUCCACCUCGUCGGCUGCGUCCUCGUCUGCGUCAUCAAUGGCGUCCGGGCCCCAGUUCGGCCACCAUCACCAUGGCCAUGGCAGCAGCCACCAACACCACCACCACCAACAACAACAACAACAACAACAACAACAACAACCCCACCAGCAUAGCCAUCUCCACCACAGCAGCAGCUCACACCAACAACCGUUUGCAAAUGAGGCGUGGGGGCGAACAAACGGCGUGCUCAUGGAGCCCGCGUCCAAGUCGAGGAGGACAAGCCCGGGCGGGUCAAAGGUCGCCGACGGAGCAGUGGGCAUGGACUCGGGCCCGGCAACCACGGGAAGCGACAGCUGGGUGCAUGCAGGCAAGCAUGCCCUCUCCUCAUCGUCGUCCUCGUCGACGAUGAUGCCCGCGUCAUCGAGCAGGGCGGACCAGGCUUCGCCUGCAAACUCACAUCCUACCACCACCACGGCCGGCGGGAACCAGGCUGCGCCUUUACCGUCGGGGCCGAGUGAACGAAGACCCCGGUUAGAUCUGGCCAACUACCCACCCCAAGACUUGCUCAAGGUCCUGGCGACCCUUUUGCAUCAGGUCUCUACCGCCAACGAUCAGCUGCGGCCAAAGGCAGGCGCCUCCAACGCAUCAGGAUCGGGUGCCGAUCGGAAACAUCGAAGCAGCCGGUCCAAGGACGUCAGCAUGGCUCCCGAGGCAGCCAUGAACAACGUCUCGCGGUCCUUGUCCCACGACGACAGCCUCUCAGCCUCGCACUCGGGCGACUCGCUCGCCUCGAGCUCAUCCUCAUCGGCAAAGAGGAAGCCACCGACGACGGCGGCCAUGUCUGCGCUCUCGACGCCGAGCUCUACGCUCUGCUUCCAUGCCAGAAACGUGCCGAGCAUCAGCAUCGAGAGCUACCUCCUGCGUAUCCUCAAGUACUGUCCCACGACCAACGAGGUAUUCUUGAGCCUGAUCAUCUACUUUGACCGGAUGAGCAAGAUGGGCGCGGGGGGAAAGAGCGCAGCUGCUCCGGCGGCCACUUCCGGCGCCGGUCUCACGGGAGCAGAGGAAGGGAAACGGGGAGAUGGGCGACAGGGCAACGAUGCUGUUGCUGCAUCUGCUGCUGCUUCGGCUGCUCCUAUGGCGAACAGCAACGGCGAGGAUGACGAUGACGAGGAGCCAUAUCCCGGCAUGCGCGGGUUCGCCAUCGACAGCUACAAUGUCCACCGACUCGUCAUUGCUGGCGUCACGGUUGCCAGCAAGUUUUUUUCAGACGUCUUUUACACAAACUCGCGGUAUGCCAAGGUCGGCGGUCUGCCAGUGCACGAACUCAACCAGCUCGAGCUCCAAUUUCUGCUCCUCAACGACUUUAGCCUCGUCAUUCCGCUCGAGGAGAUGCAGAGGUACGCCGACCAGCUCCUCGUGUACGGGGGCGGGUCCCCUCCGCCUGCUGCUCUCUCUGAUGCGGCGGCGGCCACGCCGAGCACGUUUGUGGCGUCACCGCGGCAGCAGCAGCAGCAGCAGCAGCAGCAGCAAUCGGCAUCACAGCAUCCAGACCGGGGCGCCGCAGCAGUCGUGAGCAGGAGCGAGAGGGGUGGCAGCGAGAUGGACAUCUCACGGCCAGCCUCAACUGACGGGCAAGGCGACGUUGGGAUGAAUUGAGGGCUUCCCAUCAAUGUCCGCUGGCGAGCACAAGCGUCUGUGGAACGGCCAAGGGACGCUCUCGCCGCUCUCUCCUCUUCUCUUUCUCCCCCUGCUCUUGUCAGUCCCUUCUUCAUCUCCAAAGGGCCUUUUGCAAACCUCUCGUCACGUUCACACACACAUCAGAUCAGAUCCUUCAUGUCU